AUGUGUAUAUUGGUGAAUGGUGAUUGUGAUUCUAAUACAGGUCCAUCCGGUUCAACAGAAUGUGUAUUGAUCAACAAUCCUCCAUAUAAUAAGAAACAAUGGGCAACAUGCUUAACAAAUGCUUACAUUAAAGAGAAAUCUCAAGGAAAAUAUUCUUGUGUCUAUUCAUCAGCAACUUACUGUUGGUACCAAUGUAUGAUUGAAAUAUAUGAUGUUCAACAAGGGCCAGUGUACGGAUCAUGUGUGUGUGACGAAUCUGCUUCUACUAGCAGUACGAAUGCCCCACUUUUUACACUUCCACCAGAAUGUUACAGUCCCGAUGGUACUAGUUGUGAAUGGUAUAAGGAUUGUUUGGAGAAAAAAUAUCAGUGCGAAUCUACAGAAGCAGCUUAUGCAUUGUCGUAUGCAAACAAAUUUUGUGAAUUAUAUUCAACCAGUUAUAAUAAAUUUUCUGAGAAUGGACAGACAUGGAUUGAUGCUGUUAGAAAAUGUUUACAGAUGAAGCUUGUACCAUUAUUAAGACCGUUUAUAACAACAACAUGUGAAGAGAUUCGUGAUACAGCGUUUAAGUCUCAUACGGAAUGUUAUGUAUAUCCCAAACAAGGAGAUUUAUUAUUAUCAUAUUGUUUCUUAAAUGUUUUUGAUUGGUGGAGAGUGUUUUGGAUAGUUAAAGAGGCCAUGAUUGAUGUUCCUUAUCAAAGUUUAACUGGCUAUCUCGAAACAAGCUAUUUAUGCAGCGACUUUCAUGUUUACUAUGAAAAUAUUCCGGUACGUUCUGUUCAUCUAACGAUUAAUAAUUUAUCGAAAACGAAAAGUGCUGCUACGAAUCUAAAUGAGUUGGCUACUUUAAUCGGAGGAUCAAUGGCACAUCUGUUAAAUUGGAACCUUAAGCGUUUGGACUUUUUUGCUUAUCAUUUAAAUGCAAGUGUAAUUUCAAAUUCAAAUCAGUUUAUCAUUGCAUUACUUAUUGUUGAUAAGGAUUUAAUGUCAAAUGAAACAAACAGUACAGCAAUAAUUAAUCAGACAAUGACAGAUUUGAUAGAGGCAGUUAAACUAGGUGGAAUAUUUAAAUAUGUUUGUACAGCAUCAUUACUUGAUGAAUGCUCUUUUGAACAUGAAUUUUUUCUUCGAAUUGCUCAAUCAUUUCCAUUCAUGGAAGAAUUAACUGUACGUAAUCAAAAACGGCAAAUUAAUAAAACAUUUAGAAAAUCAAAAAAUUUAUCCAUCAUUAAAUAUCGUUCUAUUAAACGGUAA